CUGCCAGCCAUCAUCGGCCGAGCCCGACUUCCGCCACAUCGUCCCCUACAGUGCACAUCUAUACAACAUCUCAUAUAUAUAUAUAUAUAUCAUCAUGCUAUAUUCCUUGUUACUCCUCCUAUCCUUUUUCAUCCAAAUCGAAAUCACUCGAGGAUCCGACGCCAGCAACUACUUCAUCAACCCGUCCUCAGGGAACGACAUCAACCCCGUCUGGACCCUCGGCGAAGAGCAGGUCAUAUCAUGGGCGACCACUCUGGGAACAUUCAACAUCUCCAUGUGGCAGGAAAGCCUGGUCGAAGAAAGUGCAGCAAGCCAAGGCAACAUCUACUCAAAAAUCCAUUCCACCGACCAAGUCACCAACUUCACCUGGGUCGUCCAGCUCUACGGCUUCACCCUCGACUACUCGAACGUCUUCUUCCUCUGGAUCAACUCCGACGACCCAGACGGCUUCGUGUCCUGCUACUUCAACAUCACCGAGCCGACAACCACCACCACCACCACCACGACUAGCAAAACCGACGCAACGGCAUCAUCAACCUCCACUAAACUCCUCGAACUCGCUUCCCCCUCCGCAACAUCUACUAUCACAAACGCUGCAGCCACCCAGUCCGCCACCACCACAUCCACCUCCUCUUCCUCUUCCGGUGGCCGUUCCAGUGGCGGCAUGAUUGCGCUAACAACAACGGGACAAAUAGCCCUCGGUGUGGGUAUUGGAAUUGGAGUGCCCGUUAUCGCGGCGCUGGCUGCACUGGUCUGGCUCAAGGCUCGAGCAAAUAACAGAGUCACGUCAAUGGCGGCGGAUUCGCAAGAUAAGUUGCCUCUUUCUUGGUCGGCGCCGCCGCCGCAGCAGUUGCCGACUAAACCGAAGGAGAUGCCCGGGACGAAUCCGAUAGAGUUUUAUCCUGAGUUGCCGGGGCAGUUGCAUCGAUAA